AGACAAAGAUAUAAAAGACGCUCACCUCAGAAUUCGCAAUUUCAUACAAACGCAAACGACAAUGUCUCUUCCCUUCUACGAACCUUUUCAUAAUUUCCACAGCCUUCUGGGUGGAUUCUCCCAUCCGAGUCGCAUCAUGCUGGAGGCUACGGUAGCCACCAUCUUGAGGCCAAAAAUGGACCUCCACGAAGACGCAGAUCAAAACGUCGUAACAGUGACCUUCGAGUUGCCGGGUGUGAAGAAGGAGGACGUGAACAUAGAGGUGCACGACGGUCAUCUCACUGUCUCCGGAGAGUCCAAGGUCUCUCAGGAGAAGGAGGAAGAUGGGUAUGCCGUUCGUGAGCGCAAGCCCGGCAAAUUCUCGAGGACGUUGAGGCUUCCUCAGGGAGUCAAGGAGGAAGAAAUCAGCGCUUCCAUGGAGAAUGGCUUGUUGACGGUGACGUUCCCCAAGGCUGCGCACGACACAAAACCGCGAAAAAUCUCAAUUGUAUAGAUGAUGCAGUCUCGUUAGCAUUUCCUUGGACACCAAAACUCUGUAGUAUUAAAUAUGUAACAUCACGGACUUCUAUGAUUGUAUUGUUUUAGUCAGUUUGCCAGGUAAUUUAAAAGGAAAAUGGCUCACAAAUGAAGUGAGAGAAACCUUGC